GUAGUGACAUCUACUUCGAUCUUACCGGUGACGACCAUAUUGCUCGCCGCUACUUGGAUUAGAAUGAAACAUAUGGAAAAAAAUUUAUUACAAGCGCUCGAAAAUGUCGGGUAUCAAGGUCCAUUGCUCCAAAUUGAUAAAAUGUCUGAAGCCUUGGAGCUUGGAGCUAAAUCUAUCGAUUAUACUAGCUUAGUCUCUUGGCUUGCUGAUCAAAUAGGAAAAUUAAUGAAUAUAGAUGAAACUAUUAAUCCUACUAAUAACUCAGGCGACGCAAGUUGUUUCUUGUUAGAGUUGAGUUGUUUCCUUAAAGAGAUAGGAUGCGUUAAUCAAAAUUUAACUACUGGAAACAUUAAUAAUAGAUUAGCCGAAAAGGGAAGUAGGACUUUGUUAAUAGAAAUUCUAGUUUCUGAGCUUAUGGCUUGUAAAUUAUUGCAAGCUGAUGAAAAAGAAACUGAUGUGGGUAUAGAAGUUGUUAUUAAUGAAAGUGAUACCGCAAGACAUCUAAAGGAGAUGUUGAUAGCAUUGCAAUUUCAAAGAGCACCGGAUAAUAUUACAGUGCAAAUGUUAUUUACUAGAUUAGAAACUAAAUUAAAAGAUGUAAUAUCAAAAGUUCCUAAUGAUCUUUUGGGUAAACCUUUAAUUUUUGGUGAAUUAUCUACCGAUCAGUGGAAUAAACUUUACGAUUAUAAUAAGGAAUUGCAUAAAGAAUAUGAGAUGCGCAGAGAAAUGUUACUUAAACGACUGGAUGUAACUAUUCAAUCAUUUCUGUGGUCAGAAAGAGUGCGAAUACAGGAGAAGGAAUUAAAUAGUAAAUAUCUUUCGGGAAGGGCAAAAAUGGGUAUAAAGCCAAAUGUUGUUAUUGCUGAUCUAUUAGCAGCACGAGAUGAUUUAGCAGUGAUAGAGAAGACUAGUAAUGCAGUUGUACGUAAAAAUACUCGAAGUAACAUAAAUAAGGUUAUCAUAGGAGAUGUUCCGGAUCGUGGAGGAAGACCUUAUGAACAAGAACCUCCUCCUCCAGAAAUGCCACCAUGGCAGAAAGAUAGAGUUGCAGGACCUCCAUCCAGUGGUGGAUACAAUAGAGGAGGAGGAGGCAAUGUCAGUGAACGUGGUGGUAAUGCAAGAGGAGGAGGUAGAGGGGGAGGUAGAGGAGGAGGAGGCGGAGGCGGAGGCGGAGGUUAUAGUGAUAAUAGAGGAGGAGGUAGUUAUGGGAGUGGUGCUGGCUAUGGGACUGGUGGAAUGGGAAGUAGUUAUGGGAAUAGCGGAGGAGGUGGUUGUGUCAAUCCUAGAAAUGAAUCGGGUUAUGGUAGCAGUGGAGGUAAUUAUGGUGGAAAUAACAAUUAUAACGUUAAAGCUACCAGUAAUUAUGGUGAAGCUGGAGGAAAUUAUGGAGGAAGAGGAAGAGGAGGAGGGGGAGGAGGAGGAGGAGGAGGAAGAACUAAUAAUUAUUAUGGCAAUAGUGGUGGAGCAACUUAUGGAAAUAAUAGAGUUGGAGGGGGUCCCAAUAGUGGAUUCUCUGGUAAUAGAUCAAGUGGGGGAUAUUAUGAUUAUAAUGAUCCUGCAGGAAAUUAUAGUCAAGAUUAUCAACAGCGUGGUAAUUCAGGUAGAGUUCAAGGUGGAUGGAAUCAAACUGGCAGAAAUCCCAAUCAAAAUACUUAUGGUUCUAAUAAUCACAUGUGGUGAUUUACGAUCGUUAUAUAGAUGGUGGAAGAAGUUGGAGUGAUAGACAAUAUUAAAGUUAUUAUUUAAUUCCUUGAAAAUCUCUCGAAAUAAAAUGUUCAAUGUGUUUCAAUUUGAUUUUCAUAGUUGUUGAUUAUACAUUUUUUUUUUCUAAGUUAUAAUGUAAAAGCUAAGAGAUCUUAACUUGUUAUUGAAUUUAAUUCCUGGAGAUAUUGUUUUCUUUCUGAUAUUACUUUGUUGUUUAUCACUUCGGAUAUUAUCUAACCCGACUUGAUAGUAAUCUGUCAGUAAUGAAUUAAUAUUGUAUAACCGAUAUCGCAACAUGUGCAUGUCAUAACAUGUAUUAUAUUCUAAAACUAAUGUUAUAUACUCAUAUAUAUUCAAUCAAUCA